CACAGAUUUCACACAAGCCUGCUUAAUCACAGUAUGAUCUUGGCCCAAGUAAAAUUCGAUUGCCAGAUAUGCAUUAGCCCGAUAAACGCAGUCAACAACCUCCAAUGAACACAUUGAGGCAUGACUUGGUGACAAAAGUGUAUUGAAGAUUGGAUUAAGUCUUACAAAAACUGCCCAAAUUGUAAAAAGGAGUUGAACAAAAAGUUAUUGAUCAAGAACAUUGCCUUAUCCCAGAUAAUGGCCCAAAAACUGGAAGACAGCUACAUAGAUCCUUGCCGAAAACAUAAAAGUUUGACCAGAAUUAUGUGAAAGGAUUGCAUAGAGCCAGUCUGAGACAUUUGCAUUAGCAGCAACGGCCAUAAAAACUGUUCUUUUAUGACCAUCAAAGAGCUUGUCAUGACCAAUAAGGAUAAAGCUUUAAUAGCUGAGGAAUGGCAGAAAGCUCUUGAAGAAAAUAUGAAACUAUACUCAAAUAUUGUCCAGGAUGAAGAAUUUAGGAUCCAUUACAAGAGUUUCUUCGAUGUUUACAAUCAUUCUCAUGGUAAAAAGGGAUUCGCUUCAGCAUUCAUGUCUGAAUAUGAGAGAGUGAGUUUAAAAAAUGAUACAGCUGAUAUAGAAUCUGUUUUUAAACUUGAUAGAAUUAAUGAGAAAGGAAUGUAUUUAGAAAAAAUGAAAAACGCAAAAUGAAUGGAGGAUCUAGUAAAAGUCAUUCAGGAUAAUCCAUAUUUUGUAGAUCUCUCAUUUUACAAGAUUUAUCAAUACUGUUACAAGAGCAAAGAUUAUCAUGAUAAAUACAAAUUGUUCAAAAAGCAUAAGGAAUACUACUUUGACAUCUCAACUGUAUGAUUUGAAGAUUUAAAGGAAACGAAAAUAGGUUCUGAAGAUUUUUGUGAUGUCUAUGCUAAACUAUACUGUAAGAAAUCUCCAUCGCUCAGCCUGUCUUUCAUCGGUAUAAAAGAACUCAAAGACAUUGACUUCAUGAGAGUAGUGUUCUACUGCCCAAAAAACACUGACAUUUAUAUCGAUUGGAUCCAGCCUAUUGAUAAACAAUCUAAUAAGCUUAAGAUCCGUCAAAAAUUCAUCAAUACGGCUGUAUUAAAUGCCAUCCUGUCUCAAAUGAAAGAGCUAGGAUUGGUUCUUGAGUUGUACUCAAAGAAUACAGAAGAGUGUGUUCAAGAUAAAGUCCAAAGAUUUGAAGAUGCUUUGAACAGAGCUGCCUCAAAAUCCAGCCCUCCGGUAAAGAAUGCAAAAAUUAUCUCUAAAAGAAGCCAAAAGUUGAAAUACAAAGAAGACAAAGACCAAGAUUGAGAAAUGUUUAUGGGGAGAAUUCUGUGUCCAGACAAUUAUUAUUUUGAAAAUGGAUGAAGAAAGAACUGGCCUAAUCGUUAUAAAAAACGGAAAAAGGGAAAUUCCCCGUGGUAAGAAG